CACCAACUAUAUUCAUUUUAACUUUUUAAACGUCAAAUAAUGCUCCUAUAGUACGAUUUAGCCACAAAACGAUAAACCAAAAGGAAUCUUCUAGAAAAAGACUAGCAAAUUGACUUGCCAUUGACGAUCAAAGUCCCCUACUAUAUCCAAUCCAAUUAUACAUAAAGACGUCCAUGAACAAACCCCAACCCUUACGCAGAUCAUCGACGUCGUCGUUUCGCUUCGUCAUCUUCACUACUCGCUAAAACACCAUGAGUAAGACAGUUCAGGUGUAUGGAUACCCAAAUUUAGAAUCUGCAGAAGUAAUCAAAACAUCUCUAGAGAAUUACACGGGUCCCGGGACUAUUUAUGCUUUAGAGGUCAAAAAGUCAAACCGAGGGUCAAGAUCAUAUGCAAAAGUACAAUUCAAAACAAGGGAAAGAGUUGAGUACAUUAUAGACCUUGCAAACAAUAAAAGAUUGUGGUUUGGUAGAACUUAUUUAAAGGCUUUUAUAAAUGAUCAUGACAUCGAACAGAGGCCCAAACAAUUUGCAUUUGAGAUGGAAGGGGUGAUUGUUCACUUUGGUUGCCAGGUGUCAAAGGAUACUUUGCAUGUGUUAAGUGAAAUGAAAAAAGUAUCAGUGAAAUUUGGGUUUGGAUUAAGGAGGUUGUACUUUGUUGUUUCAUAUCCUACUACAAGUUACAAGCUUCAACUCUCUUAUGAGAAUAUUUGGCAAGUUCAACUUAGACGUUCACGUGGAAAUAAUGCAAAAUUUGUUGUUAUUCAGCUCUAUGGUGCUCCUCGAAUUUACCAGAAAGUUGAAGACAACAUUCAUAGCUUUUAUAGUGAAGUUCCCGAUGAUCAAUGGGUUAGGGCAACUGAUUUUACUCCAUCUUCAUCAAUCGGACAAUCUUCCCAUUUAUGUUUGGAGCUUCCACUUGGUGUUGACCUCCCAAAUCUUGCUCGCUACUUCCCAUAUUAUGAAGAUAAUCAUCGCCAUUUCCAAUUAACGACAGGUCAUAGUUUUUCCCGAAACUUAGACCUCGUCCCAAUCGUGGGUCCCACUCGUUAUCUCCCUUACAACAUAGUUUUCAAAAUCUGCACAUUGGUUCAACACGGUUGCAUCCCGGGCCCACUGCUCGAUGCCACUUUCUACGAGCUCUUAGAUCCACAAAGAAGAGACAUCGGGUCCAUCGAAUAUGUUCUUGAAAAGCUCUUUUAUCUCAAAGAAUCUUGUUAUGAUCCGGUGAGGUGGAUAACAGAAGAAUACAAAAACAACAACAGGCUGCGAUCACCUGCUAUCUCGUUAGAUUCCGGUCUUGUGUACGUCAGAAGGGUUCAAAUCACACCCUCAAAAGUCUACUUUUGUGGGCCCGAAGUCAACGUGUCGAAUCGAGUUCUACGCCAUUAUGCAGACUACAUCGAUAAUUUUAUUCGCGUAUCGUUUCUUGAUGAAGAAUUGGAGAAACUUUAUUCAACAGAUUUGUCUCCACGCGCGAAUAACUUAACUGGGGUAAACAGAACCGCAAUUUACACGAGGAUUUUAUCGGUUCUAAAAAACGGAAUUGUUAUCGGAAACAAAAAGUUUGAAUUUCUCGCUUUUUCUUCGAGUCAGUUGCGUGACAAUUCUGCGUGGAUGUUUGCUUCAACUGGGAGAAUUAACGCUGCUGAUAUACGCGAAUGGAUGGGUGAUUUCAGUAGUAUUAAAAAUGUCGCGAAAUAUGCUGCAAGACUCGGUCAGUCUUUCGGUUCUUCAAAGGAAAGUUUAAGUGUAGCACAUCAUGAAGUUGCAAAAAUUGCUGACGUGGAAGUGAUAAGAAAUGGUGUGAGGUAUAUUUUUUCUGAUGGAAUUGGGAAAAUAUCCGCCGAGUUUGCUAUAAGAGUUUCGAAAAAAUGCGGUUAUGAUUUUAUUCCAUCUGCUUUUCAAAUUCGAUACGGUGGGUAUAAAGGUGUUGUGGCUGUGGACCCCACUUCAACAACAAAACUCUCCUUGAGGAACAGUAUGUGUAAAUUUGAAUCCGACAAUACGAAAUUAGAUGUUCUUGCAAUAAGUAAGUAUCAACCGUGCUACAUGAAUCGCCAGCUCAUCACACUUCUUUCUACUCUCGGUGUCAAAGACCAUGUUUUUGAGAAAAAGCAAAAAGAAGUUGUGGAUUUGCUAGAUGCUGUUUUGAGGGAGCCAACGAAGGCGCAAGAAGCUUUGGAGCUGAUGUCACCUGGUGAAAACACAAACAUUAUGAAGGAAAUGCUUUCGUGUGGCUACAAGCCUAAUGCUGAACCGUUUCUCUCAAUGAUGCUGCAAGUUUUUCGCGCGACAAAGCUGUUGGAAUUGCGUACAAAAACGCGUAUUUUUGUUUCCAAAGGAAGGGCAAUGAUGGGGUGUUUGGAUGAGACCCGAACACUUGAAUAUGGUGAAGUUUUUGUUCACUUUUCUGGAGCAGGAAGAAGGCCAUUGAAUGAUAAUGGUAGUAGUAGUAGUAGUAGUGGUGUUGGUGGUUACAAGAGUAAAAUUGUUGUUGGAAAAGUCGUAGUUGCUAAAAACCCGUGUUUGCAUCCCGGUGAUGUUCGGGUUUUGAAAGCUGUUAAUGUUCCAAGCUUACAUCAUAUGGUUGACUGUGUUGUUUUUCCUCAAAAAGGACAUAGGCCUCAUCCAAACGAAUGCUCGGGGAGUGAUUUGGAUGGAGAUAUUUACUUUGUGUGUUGGGAUCGGGAUCUAAUUCCACCUAAGCAAAUUGAACCGAUGGAUUAUACUCCAGCUCCAAGUAUGCAACUCGAUCAUGAUGUUACCAUUGAGGAAGUCGAGGAGUAUUUCACAAACUACAUAGUGAACGAUAGUCUAGGAAUCAUAGCAAACGCCCACACAGUGUUUGCAGACAGAGAACUCGAAAAGGCAAUGGCCCCACCAUGCAUAGAGCUCGCAAAGCUUUUCUCAAUAGCUGUAGAUUUUCCGAAAACCGGUGUCCCCGCGGAAAUCCCCGCAAAUCUUCGUGUCAAAGAGUACCCUGAUUUCAUGGAAAAAUCCGAUAAAACAACGUACGAAUCAUAUAACGUGAUUGGGAAACUCUUUCGUGAGGUCAAAGAUAUCGCCCCACAAAACAGCCAGGUCAACCCGUUCACGCGUGACGUGGCGAGACAAACGUACGAUGUUGACUUGGAAGUCAGCGGGUUUGAGUACUAUGUUGAUGAAGCUUUUGAUUUUAAAACGGAGUAUGAUUACAAAUUGGGUAAUUUGAUGGAUUAUUAUGGGCUUAAAACCGAGGCUGAAUUGUUAAGUGGGAGUAUUAUGAAAAUGUCCAAGUCGUUUGAUAGGAGGAAUGAUGCUGAAGCGGUUGGUUUGGCUGUGAAGUCUUUGAGAAAGGAAGCGAGGAAUUGGUUUAGGAAAGGUAGAGGUGAUGUGGAUGUUGGAGAUGAUGAUGUGUAUGCGAAAGCAUCUGCAUGGUAUCAUGUGACAUAUCAUCCGGAUUAUUGGGGGAAGUAUAAUGAGGAUAUGAAAACACGUGAUCAUUUUUUGAGUUUUCCUUGGUGUGUGCAUGAUAAGCUUAUUGAGAUUAAGAGAAGCAAGGGGAGGGUUAGAAGAAAUGUUGAUACUGAUUGGCUUCAACAGCAGUUUAGCACUGCUUUAAAUCUGAUAUGAUUGAAGUUGUGUGAAGUCGUGACAUUUUUUUUUUUUUUUUUUUUGCGUGGAUAACUAUG